AUGCUCACUCCAAACCCAUUGGCUGCCAGCUGUCUACCAGGCAUUGAAACCCAAUCGCUAAUUUCGCCUCUUGUCUUGUGUGUGCUUCGCACAGCGUUCCUUGCGGCAGCGCUUGUGACGGUCGCCUACGCCAAAAAGAAACCUGCUUCCAGAAAAGUCUCUCCCUUUUCUUCUGACGCCUUCGCUGCCACCCUGUCUGGCGUGCUCGAGAUUCCCAAGAAUGACACUGAAGCUGCCAGGAACGCUGUCGGCGACCCAUACGGAUCGGUGGACAUGGGAUUGAUUAUCUACAAGAAAAACAGCAAGUCAGUGUGGCUCGAGUACAGAGUGGCAGCUUAUUUCUUGCAGGGUGGGGUGCCCCCGACCAUGACGCAUGUGCACAACGCAACAGAGGGAUCAAACGGUCCCAAGGUGUUGGAUCUGCCAUGCGAAUAUCAAACCAAAGAUGAUGGCAUUCUCUGGAAAUGCAACGGCUCACUUGGGAAGGAUUUGACGGAACGAACAGUGUCGUUUGUGUCGACUCUCAAGGGAAUUUCAAAGAAUCCGACGUUCUUUGCGGCGGCGCUGGUGGCGGUUGCCUACGCCAGAAAGAAACCUGUUCCCAGAAAACCUACUCCGGCUGUUUUUGACACCGUUGCUGCCAGCCUGUAUGGCGACUACGAGGUUCCCAAGAAUGACUCUGAAGCUGCCAGGAAAGCCGUCAACGACCCAAACGGAGCCGGGCACAUUGAUCUGAAAAUCUACAAGAGAAACGGCCAGCCUGUGUGGCUAGAGUACGAAGCAUCUGCUUUUGGCCUGGUAGGCGAGAUGUCGCCGAUUCAGACGCAUGUACACAACGCAGCAGCGGGAUCGAACGGUCCCAAGGUGCUGGACCUGCCGUGCGAAUACAAAUGGCAAGAGAACAUGAAUAUCUAUCUAUGCAACGGCGUGCUCGGGAAGAAUUCGGCGGAACUGACACCGACCCUUGUGUCGACCCUCAAGGCAAUUUUGGCGAAUCCGAGUGCGUUCUGUGCGAACAUUCACACCGUGGCAUACCCUGACGGUGCUGUGCGUGGGCAGUUUGAAAAGGCAAAGAAGCGUCAGUGA